UUUUCUCAAAAUUACGUUUUUCGAGGGCUCGUUGAUAAAAUAUCCGGAACUGUUCAACCGAUCCUUAUCGAAAUUUUACCACGUGUUCUUUAUGACUGUAGCUAUAGCGCAUAUACGAUUUUGUGUGUAUUUCCAGAGUGCAUUUUUUAGGCCUAACACUUUUUAUAUCCAUAUUUAUAAUUUACAGAGGUGAAGAAAUUCGUGAAAAUAGUCUUUUUUUAUGCCCGUCCAAUUAGGGUAGACCCCUUAAUUGAUCCGCAAUACGAUUAUCCAACUGUGUGUGUCGAAUGGGAUGAGAAUCAAAUAAAUUCAUAGUUAGAAUAAAGAUUCCAGGGACACAGAAAAAUGACGUGAACUAUCAACGAGAUUUGAAAAACUUUAGCAACUAAUGGAAUUUCGUUGGAAGAAAAAAACCUUCGCUCUGGAGGUAAAUGAGCACGAAUUCACCAGUACAAACGUCGUUACAUGGCGGCGAAGUACAUUCUCAUGUCGCCAGUGAUGAGUUUACCGCGUGAACAACGGAUUUACGUGAACGACUAAAUUACUUUUUUACGUUCAUCCUCAGGAAAGUGAGUGUGAUUUAUCGAGUUAGUGGCAAAAUGAAAUUCGGAUUGUUCAAAGAAUCGUUUCAAUAUUGAACAUCUUCAAUAUUUUAUCUUCGAUAUUUGAACAUCUUCAACGGUCGUUCGGCUACAUUUCACUUUUGGGAAGCCACCGAGACUCGCCGAAGGUGCUGUUCAUUGAAAACUAAGGAAAUCACAGUCCCUGGCAGCUACCGAAAUGACUGUCGCCAUGGAAACGACAAAGGCGGAAGAGGGCGAGGGCCGAAAAAAGAUCGAGACUUUCGACGACAUCCUGCCACACGUUGGCGAGGCUGGCUGUUAUCAGUGGAUGCUUUUCAUACUUCUGCUGCCAUUCACAUUCGUCUACGCUUUUCUUUAUUUCACACAAUUCUUCUUGACGCUCGUCCCAAACGAGCACUGGUGUACUGUACCUGAGCUUGACGCCUACAAUCUUACAGAUUUAGAAAAAAUUGCUCUUUCGAUUCCCAAAGCCAAUGCCAUUGAACUGGCGAACGAGGGCGCCGUAGAGUUUUCAAGAUGUCAAAUGUACGACGUUAAUUUUACUCAAUUAUUGGAAGAUGGCAUAACGGAAGGUAAUUCGAGCUGGAAAAUUGUGCCUUGUCGACAUGGAUGGAGCUUCAAUUAUACGAGAAUUCCAUACGCAUCGAUCGCUGCUGAGCUUGAAUGGGUUUGUGACAAGACUUACUUGUCAUCGGCCGCACAAUCGGCGUUUUUCGUCGGUAGUAUAAUCGGUGGAUUUAUAUUCGGUUACAUAGCCGAUCACUACGGUCGAAUACCGGCGCUGGUGUCGUGCAAUGCCGUUGGUUUUUUUGCAUCCGUAGCCACUGCAUUUUGCAACAGUUUUUGGAGUUUUGCUCUCGCGAGGCUCAUCGUCGGUACCUCUUUCGACAAUUGUUUCAAUAUACUCUUUAUUAUAGUUAUCGAGUACGUGGGCCCGAAAUAUAGAACGUUGAUGGCGAACGCUUCUUUCGGUCUUUAUUUCGCGCUUGCGGCGAGUAUUUUGCCUUGGAUGGCAUUCUGGAUCGCCGAUUGGAGGAUACUCAGUGUCGUAACAGCAGUGCCAUUGGUCACGGCGUUUUUGGGUCCUUGGCUCGCUCCCGAAAGUGCAAGAUGGUAUCUCAUGAGCGGUAAACCGGACAAGGCUGUUUUGAUGCUGAAGAAGUUCGCUAAAGUCAAUGGGAAGACUGUAAAGCCAGAGAUAUUCGAUGAAUUCGAGAAAAGUUGCAAAGCCAAUAUCGAGAAGGACAAAAAUCUCAAUCAGUACACCGUUUUGGAUCUAUUCAAGAAACCACGACUCGCCAGAAUCACAGUCGUCCUCGUCAUUUACUGGCUCCUCAUCGUCCUGGUAUUCGACGGUCAUGUCUGGAACAUGAAGCUGCUGGAUCCCGAUGUCUUUACCUCGUUCUCGUUAGCGGCACUGACGGAACUUCCGGCUGCGAUAUUGCUGGCCCUUUUCUUGGAUCGAUGGGGCAGACGGUGGAUGGGUUUUGCGUCGAUGUUCAUCUGCGGUAUUUUCUCCUUUGUGGCUUUGGCGACACCACCCGGUCCCAUCACGGUCGCCAUGGCGAUUCUUGCCCGUCUGGGUGUCAAUGUCGCCGCCAACAUCGGCUUCCAAUACGCUGCCGAGAUGUUACCGACCGUUGUGCGAGCUCAGGGCGUAUCACUCAUUCAUAUCAUCGGUUACUUUGCUCACAUUAUCGGACCCUACGUCGUCUACUUGGCUGACGUAUCGCCAGCCUUGCCGCUAAUAUGCCUCGGGGCGAUAUCAAUAUUCGACGCUUUUCUGACCUUGACAUUGCCGGAAACGAUUGACCAAGAUCUUCCCGGAUCUCUUCAGGAGGGCAAUGACUUUGGGAAGGAUCAGAGUUUCUGGUGGAUCCCAUGUGUUUCUUCUUCGCACGAGAAAAAGAAGAAGUACAGAAAGAAAAUUGGUGCUACGAACGCGGGUUACAAUCCGGGCAGCUUGACGAGGAUUGACUCGACGAGGUUAUAGCACCUCCAUCAUCUUGUGUGUCUGAGUGUGCGUGCGUGAUGAGAUAGCAAUGUAAAAAAAUCCUGACCAAAUCUGAAAUCGGUUGAUCGUCAACCGAAUUUUCCAUUUUGUUCUCUACCAUCAGUUCGAUAUAGCGAUGAAUACCAGGAAAUUGUGUAGUUCUUACGAUCGAUUUCGAUUUCGGUUUCAUCGAGAUCGUGACAAAUCGAGAUAAAGCGAAUCCGACGACGAAGAUUUUGUUUCCUGUCGCGCGGAGAUUCGUUCCUCUUGGUUCGUUCCUGUUAGCCGUAAACUGAUUUUUUCUCCUGUUUCCGACUCGCAAUUUCAUCAAGUUUUUUCUAAUUUUCGUCACGGACUUUUCAUUUUUUUCCACUUUUUUUGGCUCGAAGCAAAGGAAAAAUGGAUGAACCAUUUUUCUCUGUUUCGUCGACGCCGGUUCGACGAAAAUGGUACAAGCGUUACAAAGUCUUUGUCUUGCUCAUUCGAAUAGAUUAAUUUGAAGAAAUCGUCCGAAUAUUCAUCAUUUUCCUGUCGUUGUUGAAAAUGCAUUCCUCUCCACCGUCCCAAAUACAUAAUGCCAUUGAGCUUUCCCGCGAAUAAUCCUCGACCAGGGUGUUUGGAAUUCGUAAUUGGUAUUGUUCGCGUACUUAUGAAACGUGUGAGUAUAACGACGGCGACGAGAAGGAAUGUAUUUUGGAACUGGAAUAAGCUUUUAAAAUCGUUUAAACCGGCUCGAUCCUAUGAUAACGACCGCGUCGAAAACUAUAAUUUCUGGAAAGAUUCGACGACGAAACGCUCGGGAACGACUGGAUCGAGGUUGUCACACUCCUCGGAAAACAAUCAUUUCCGAAAGCUUCCAACCCCGGAGUCGUGGAGAAAUCAUACUUUCUCAACCUAUUUUCUUUCAAUCACUCAUUCCUUGCAUUAAUGCGCAUGUAUUUAUAGUUCUAAUAAGAAAAAACCGAACACGAGAAACCUCAAUCUCGCGUCCGUCAUUGUACAGUUACUUUUUAAGUGAGAGAAGAAUAAUCGAAUUUAAGGACGUAGUACAAUGCUCGUUAAAUAGAUUUAUAAUUAUAGAAAUAAACAGCUAAAGAUGAAAUGGAUAACAACGAAGACGUGCUGUAGUUAAAAAGGCGAAAUAAAAUGUGAGUUUUAUUCUUUAAAAA